GAAAACAAACAAAGAGUUAAAAAAGUUAAAAAAGAGAAAAAAGAAAGAAAGAGCGAAAGAAAGAAAGAGCGAAAGAAAGAAAGAGCGAAAGAAAGAAAGAGCGAAAGAAAGAAAGAGCGAAAGAAAGAAAGAGCGAAAGAAAGAAAGAGCGAAAGAAAGAAAGAGCGAAAGAAAGAAAGAGCGAAAGAAAGAAAGAGCGAAAGAAAGAAAGAGCGAAAGAAAGAAAGAGCGAAAGAAAGAAAGAGCGAAAGAAAGAGCGAAAGAAAGAGCGAAAGAGUGGCCUUCUACGAUGCGGUUACAAUGGUGGUGGACAAGGGUAAAGCAACUGACAUCAUCUUCCUGGACUUGUGCAAAGCGUUUGACACUGUCCCAAAUGACAUCCUUGUCUGUAAACUGCAGACACAUGGAUUUGACAGAUAG